AUUCACACCAUAACACUGAUGACAGCUAUAUCUAUAGCCGAAUCAGUCAGACUCCAUAAGCUCUUCCAACUUAUCGACGGCUUCAAAUCUGAGCACAAUCUGCAAGGGUUCCUCCACGUCGGUAGGGAUUACGCCGUGUUUGUCAAAAAGCCGAAAUCGCACGACAAGUAUCUCGCAUACGAAUUGUAUGAGACGAGAAAUUUCAAUGACGACAGCUAUAAGCCGAAAUUGUUAGCCGCGUCUAAGGUGCCCGUGGCCUACAUUAGGGAGCAAUUGAAGAUAUUCCGCGAUGAACUGUACCAAGCGAAGUAUGUAGAUGGUAAUGUAGUACCGGGCACUCGAGUGAAAACAUUGAGGGAAUGGCAAAUAGAGAGGGCGUUAAACUCCCGAAAUAAAGGCUUCAUUGUUGGAGAGCCGUCUGUGUUGCGGACCCUUGUAUUGUAAUGAAUUACAAUUUGCUUUGUUUUGUUCUUAUUGAGACUUAAAUCGUUAUUACCAGGUUUGUUUUAGUUUCUACUUUUAAUAGAAUUGGAAUUGAAUUUUUUUUUUACUCAGAAAGGA